AUGCCGCUCCCAAAUCCAAUGGUUGGAUUUAGCUUGCCAGAUCAGUGGCCAAGACCAGUGAACAGAGAUCUACCUUCACAAGCUAUGGGUCCACCAUACUUCUACUACGAGAAUGUUGCUCUUGCUCCAAAAGGUGUCUGGACUAUCAUAUCAAGAUUCUUGUAUGAUAUUCAGCUGGAGUUUGUGGACUCGAAGUACUUCUGUGCUGCUGCCAGGAAAAGAGGUUAUAUACACAAUUUGCCACUUGAGAACAGGUCACCUCUCCUCCCUAAACCUCCAAGGACAAUAUCCACAGCAUUUCCUCGUACCAAGAGGUGGUGGCCAUCAUGGGACCCAAGACAACAGUUCAAUUGUCUCUAG